GUUGCUGCUUGUUGACCUUCCGGCCCGCUGAGCCAAAAUGGCGAACUUAGAGCAUGUUGAGAACGACCCAAAACACGUGAAAAUGUCCGGUGAAACCCCCGAGCAAUGCGUUAGGAACCCAGCGUCUGAAGCGCCCUCGUCCUCGGGCGGAGUUGUCGUCGAGACUCCGUGCACUAUCCCGUCUUUUGCCACCGCUUCUGAACUUGUGUCAGCUCCUUACUCGUGUUUGGUGCUCAACACGCACCGAAGACACGUCGCCCUGUCCCCUUUUUACCUGAACAAGAAGAGGACGGGAUUACAAGGGGAAUUACAAGCCGAACUGCUCAAAUUCUCACCGAGCCUCCAAGGCGUCCCUCUCGCUUACGACGACAUACGAAUCGUCCGCAGCUACGGAGACAUUUUUGACGACAGCGGUUACGUCCACAUGGACAUAGAAGCCAACUUUAUCAUAUUUCAACCUAAAAAAGGACAGCGACUAUUGGGGAAGGUGAAUAAACUGGCCGCGAGUCACGCGGGCUGCCUAGUGCAUGGCUGCUUUAACGCCAGCAUUCCCAAGCCCAACCUGGUUUCCGUGGAUACCUGGAGGGAAGCGGGGCCCCAGAUUGGAACCGAGCUGGAGUUUGAGGUGAUUGCGCUCGAUGCCGACUCUGCCGGCGUGCUGCUUAUAAGAGGAAGGCUGGAUCGAACAAGGGUUCAGGAGAUGUUGGCGACGGCCGAGAGCGCCGAAUCAGGUGUUGCCGUCGAGCAGGCCGAGCCAGAAAAAGCGGAAACGGAUGCUGCGCUCGCUUCGGAAUCUGUCGUCGAAGAUGCCCCGAAGAAGAAAAAGAGAAAGAAAGACAAAAUUAAAGAAGAGACAGAAGACGAAGUGGUGUCACCGCCUGAACGGAAUGGAAUAGAAAGCGACACAAAAAAGAAGAAAAGGAAGAAAGAUAAAAUAAAAGAAGUGGCGGAAGAUCAAGUCGAUGGGGACGUCACGCUCGAGCUGAAUGGAAAUGAGAGUGAGACAAAUGGAGGGAAAAAGAAAAAAAAGAAGAGGAUCAAAGAAGAAAAGGAGCAGGUUCAGCUUUCUGUAAUGGAAACCCAUACCAGUGACUCCAGCGGUUACCUUAGCGACAAGCCUAACAAGAAGAGGAAACGAGAAAAGGAGAGUGAAGUCGCAGCGAGUCCUGAUGCGGAAGCAACGAAAUCCAAAAAGAAGAAGAAACGGAAAAGUGAAAUUGAUUGAAAAUAAUCCGAAAGUUGAAACCAGAGGUUCCCCUUUUGGCCUAUUGGAGGAGCAAAACUGCUUCACUGAACAGCACAACCCAAAGCCUUACUGUUAUCAUCCUCAUAUGUAUUUUUUUAAAGUAAUCUCACACAAUGUUUUUGUUUGAGAGCUUCCAAAAAUAUUCAGAAUAAAUGUAUAUCCUUUAAAAUAAAUGUUUCUUUCUCAUUCGUCACAAUUCAGCGCCAAGAAUUGCAAUGACUUUUCGUUGGUCUUAAAUUCUGCCCGGCGACUGUCAGGCGAUGAGGUGUCGAGAGACAACUUAAAGGGCCGCCGGUGUUUUCUUUACCUCCCACCUCCGCGCGCACUCACACAAAUCCUGCCUUUCAGCGGGGAGUCUUAAUUAGGGGUGAGGUGCUAAGAAGCGGCCGGCUUAUCGCCAGCCGUCUAAAGAGCGCAGAUAAGGUAGUUCAAUUAAAUAGGCUUCAUCUGUCAUAUAUGUUUCACUUAUCGCACUUAACACUUUUUUUUGUAUUUGCACUCUUUCAGCUGUUGACGUCUAUUUGACGUCUAUUGCUGUCAUUGGUAUGAAUAGGACCGGUGUUCUGACAAAUGGGUAUCCCUUGUCAAAGUAGUAUCCCCACUGUUGAUAGCAGCUUAAUGUUGAACAAAUUUACUUUACAUUUUGACACUUCUAUAGAUAUAUUAUAGAUAUAUUAUCAUAUUUAAUAUUUAGAUACUACCGCUAUAAUGCCAAUAUUCUUUAUUGCACAAUAAACACUGUUAAAACCCAGGCGACCCAGAUGUUUACUGCUUAAGUUAUCAGACGUUAACGUCCUAACGCUAUCAUCUCUCAAUAUAAUGAAUAUUCUAUUGUAGUCUUUCGUGCAUAUACAUAAUUGCUUACAGUUUAGUGGUCAAAAGGCAGUAUAAGAUCGAGGGGUAUUGCCAAAAUAUAAUUUUUUAAAAAUCAUUUUAUGAUAUAAAGACUUUAAAUUUUCGGUCCUUUCAAUUUUUAUACUUCUGUUGUAAUUCAAUUUUUUAAAAUUCAAUUAAAAACAAAUACAUAUUUCAACAUGUAUUCCACAA